UUCUUGCAGAGAGAGAGAGAGAGAGAGAGAGAGAGAGAGAGAGAGAGAGAGAUCGAGCUUCCAGGAACAACCCUAGAAUUCUCUCUCAUCGUCCUCCGUAGUCGGAGAAGCCAUCCUCGGCCUUCAGGCUACCCUCCGAUUCCCAUUUCUCCGUGCUAGGCUUGUAUCCACGACCUCCGAAAUGCAUAAAUUAAGCAGAGGACACCGAGAUAAAGUCCACCAGUUUAUGGCUAUAACUGGUACAAGUGAAAAGGUUGCUCAUCAGGCCCUGAAGGCUAGUGAUUGGCAUCUUGAAGGAGCUUUUGAUGUAUUUUACAGUCAACCCCAAAUUAAAGCGUUCACUGACUCUAGACAUUUGGAAGAGCUUUAUAACAGAUAUAAAGAUCCAUAUGUUGAUAUGAUAUUGGCUGAUGGUAUCUCACUGCUCUGUAAUGACCUUCAGGUGGAUCCUCAAGAUAUAGUGAUGUUGGUUGUUUCAUGGCACAUGAAGGCAAACACAAUGUGUGAGUUUUCCAAACAGGAGUUUAUAGGUGGAUUACAAGCACUAGGGAUAGAUUCUCUGGAGAGGUUCCGUGAAAGGAUACCAUAUAUGAACUCUGAGUUGAAAGAUGAACAAAAGUUCCGUGAGAUUUACAACUUUGCAUUUGGUUGGGCAAAAGAAAAGGGGCAAAAAUCUUUAGCAUUGGACACUGCAAUUGGAAUGUGGCAGUUACUAUUUGCUGAAAAGCAGUGGCCCCUCGUCGACCACUGGUGUCAGUUCUUGCAGGCUCGGCAUAAUAAAGCUAUUUCUAGGGACACAUGGUCUCAACUUCUGGAGUUUGCAAGGACUGUGGAGCCUAUGCUAUCAAAUUACGAUGCCGAAGGUGCUUGGCCAUACCUCAUCGAUGAGUUUGUCGAAUACCUGAAUGAGAAUGGCAUAGUCCAGACUGUGCCGCCAAAUGAUUUGAAUCAAAUAAGAUGAUAUGCUACUACCAUUGGUGUUGGGAUUAUUUGUAUUUAUCCUGGUGUGAUUUGAAUACCCUCUGGUUGAAUUCAUUGGGGGGAAGAAGUAAGAUACAGGAGGGGGUAGAUGGCGAGUGACUGAUAUCCGAGUGAAAGACAUUUUAUUUUUUGUUGGAUUUGGUAUAUCAUCUAUAUAUUAUUGAGUGGGAAAGUGGGAUUUUAUGGUAAUAAUACUGUGAACGCACCUCUCUCUUUCCUCGUGUGUUUUUAUUUCUGCGUAUUCACAGUACGUAUACCUUGCUCCUUGCUGCAGCAAAAUUUACUGGAAGAAUUUUUGUUUUGGGUUCGGUUAUCUUA